UGGGCAAACUUUUUGGGCAAACUUCUUGGUGUAGGUUGAAGUGGCCCCUAUACGCUGGUCUUGGGUCAGCUUUGCAUUUCCCCUGCUAAUGGUUAAGGUUGGGAUUGAGGAAGGGGAAGCUUAUCAUGGAUCUGUACCUAGGGGAAAUGCCACCCCAAAGUCGGUGUCCAUCGAGCCAUGAAAUCAACAUCAACAGAACAGUAGGAUGUUUCGUCAGCACUUUUCUGUGAACAAUGGCUGGAAAAACAUGGGUGGGCUUAGGUCUCGCUCUUUAACCCACUCCUGUUCACUUUCGGAGGAGGACAACGUAUUGACACUCUUGGCUGCUACUCACUGGUCCUUGAGUUUAAUUUGGCUCCGGGGCUCUCCAGUGUCCUCUCUCCACCAUGAUCUUCCUACUGCUUUUCCCUGUCCUCGUCUUAGGUCAAAUUCAAUUACAAAGCAACGUCUCAUCCAAUGUAACAUUUGAAGAUAACGAAAGUUUUCAGGAUCAGGAGUAUUCCGCUGUUUUUCGCCACUGCAAUGAGAACCUCCUAGAACACUUCAGCUACACUAUCUGCUGGAAUCCGUUUCACUCUGAAAUGACAGACAUCAACAAGGAACUCUGGUGUGAAUGGGACCAAGUCAUCAGACCAUACAAUGAGCUGACCAGAUGUAUCGAGAGCUUGACCACCAACUUAGGAUGUUACUUCCCGAACCAAGUGGUGCAAGACUUCUUUAUCCAGAUCCAUUCCAGCUUCUUCCAGGCAUGUCCGGAGGAGGAGCAGUUAUUUCCCGAUGCCCCCUCCGGUGUUGUGCUUACCCUUACCCUCAUUCCAGUCAGUCUCAUCCCCGUCUUGGUUUUCCUAGUGGUCUGGAAGAGCAAGAUCUGCGACUAAGUUGGAAAUGUUGAAUAUGUGCUGUUUGAAUGUGUCUUAGGUCCCUUCCUGAAACAACCCCUAUCAAAAAUGUCCUCUAAGUAUUUUCUUAUAAUGUGUUUAUUUUUAAAAUAUGAUUAUUGUAUGUAUAUUAAGAUUGCUUCUAUUUGUAUAUUUGUAAUGUUGCAAAAUACAUUUACUUAUUUCUUUCACAAAAAAAAAUCUUAUAAUUGUAUCUAUUCUGAAACAACCCCAUGUCAAUAUAUUUAUAUUGUAAUACAGUAUAAGGGCAGUAUAAGUGAAUAAUAUAACAUACUGUGCUCAGCCAACCAAACCUGCUAUUGGUCUGUUGGAGUGUUCAUUGUGUGCUGCUAAAUAUCUCUGUUGGAGCACUGCCUAACACUGGGAAUCAAUGAAGUGCAUCCAACUCAUUCAUGUCAUACAGCCAGUUGUUGAAACCCAAGAUCUUUAGGCACCAGUCCUGGAUCGGGACUUCUAGUGCUGUGGUACCUGCACAAACUAGCCUUUCAUUACACUAUAAUUUAGUGCAAUAGCAAAUGUACCUUUACUUUCAAUGCUAAGACUACCAUUGUAUGAUGUUUCCUGUGCUGGUGUGGUUGUGAAGAGGCGCGUAUAUCAAGUAACUUGAGUUACAGAGAGGGGUAACUUAUUAUUUGAAUAAUCAAGAAGCAGGUUCUCACCGUUUUUCUGAAUGAAUACAGUGGCUCACCAUGGGCCAAUCCAGUUGCAUUGUCGAGAGAGAGAAAGAUGAAGUGGUUGUUUAAAUAACGAUAGCCUUGUUAACUUUCACAUACUUAUUAGUUCAGUGGGGAAAUACGGACUGCUUGGAACAGGGCAAAUUUCUUUUGGUGAUUAAACCUUAGAGAAAGA